AUGAGGCGGCUUCUCCUGUUACAACAGCACUCCUACCAGCCUCAGGCACUUUUGAAAAGGACCAAGGAAUUCUUCGAGCGAGAGGAGCUUCUUGACAAAUACCAGACUACGGCGCGAUCCAAUUUUGUCGAUAUUUUCAAGACCGGGGGACCAGAAUUCGUCCUUGACCAGACCGAAUCCCAACUUCGGAUGCUCAUGCAGUCGUUGGACACCUUCUUCUUCUCAAGCCUCCUCACCCGGGACCAAGAUCCCAUAGUCAGGCUUGAAUUUGGGGAAAAUAUUUUCGGCGAGAUUGGGACGCUCGAGGAACGUGGAAGUCUAACUCUGGGUAGGACGGAAGGGGAAAUGGAAACUAGGGGUGCCUCGACCUUCAAGUUAAGGAUCAGGGUGGAGGCAUGCGACCCCUGGUCAAGGGAAGAGCACACUGUCAGGCGCGACUUGACCUGUUUGCUCGAGACCUUGGUACACGAAAUGGCACACGCCUACUAUAUUUCGUUUACUUGCCUGUGCGGGUUGUGCCAAAGAGAGAUGGGCGCGAGAGGACACGGACCUGCGUGGCAGGAGCUGAAGCAGGCCAUGUACAUGACGAUAAGACGGUGGGAUCGUGACCUAUGGGGCUUUUAUACCAACGACCAAGAUGCCUUGGAUAAGGUGUAA